GUUGGUCUGUGCUUUAUGGGUCGCAUUCAGGCUCGCGUGUGGUCGCCCCAAAUGGAAGGCGCGUUCGAGUCUCUGCGUCUGGACUUCCUCCUCCUCGUGGCUUAUUUCACAUUUUUCUAUGCCGCAACCUGGCGGAUCAAUGUUGUCCUUUUUGAGAUGGCGCCGAGGCAGCAAGUCGGGGAGGGCAACAGGUCCGGCACGUCAACCUGUACCAUGGAUCUGCGAUUAGAUUUGUUGCACAUCUCAGCUGAUGUUUUCCACAAUCCGCAAGGCCUCGGCAUUUGCGCCGUGGCGCUGGCGGUGAUUCUAGGAGGGGAGUUGCAAAGCUUUGAGCCGUCUGCAAACACGCUCUAUCGGCCAGAACAGAAGAAGGACAUCGUGUUCUAUGCCUUCCAACAGCAGGUUCCCGGCACGGAGCCUGUGUUCGAUUACUGGAAUCCCAAGGAAAACGAGCACACUUUCCACAUGGGAGAUCCCUGGCCAUGUGAGGAGAAGGGAAAGCACCCGGUCUUCUAUGCAUACCCCCUCGGAGACGACAAGAAAGGACUGCUGCAGCCAGUUCACAGCUUUUGGAAUUCAGGUGAGAAGAAGCACACCUUCCAUUUGGGAGAUGCUCGAGCACAUGAGGAUAAGCAUGAGCCUCAUUUCCUGGCGUUCCGCGAGCCACUCACCUGGAAGUCAGGAGUGAUCUGCGAUGGUGCACCAGCAGUGAACCGUGCCAAAUGGCUGAUGGAGAACAAGGGCAUGAGCGAGGCAGAGGCCCAAGCAUUUGUUAUCGGCGAGUUCCCCAAUCUGUUCGACAAGUCUGCACCACCUUCCGGGCAUUUUGUGGAUGGCAAAUUCCCACACACCCUCGAACUGGUGAAGGAUGAUAAAGGCAAGAGCAGAUUGAAGUCCGCCGUUACGCCGUCCAACCACGAGAGCAUUACCAUGAUCGCCGUGCACUACAGCGUCAACGGUGAGCCGGGCAAGGAAGACAUGAAUUUCGACAUCAACAAGCCGGAGGUCACAUAUUGGUUGGCUGCUAUGGACAAGGGUUUGAUCACAGAGAUGCCAGAGAAGGCCUGCCCCGUCAAGGCUCCACCCGACUCAGAGGUUCCGGUGCACACGUCGACGGCGGGCUCGGAUUUCUGUGUCCUUCUUGACCACUUGACCUGUGCCUUCCAAGCCGACAUAGGCUGGGAGUAUGUGGCAUGGGUUGCGUUCGGCCUGGCAGCGCAUGGUGUCGGAGAAGGGUAUCAGACAGGAUGCAAGCUGCACCUUCAUCACUGGUACUGGGCUUUCCUCGUCUGCCACUAUGCAGUCUUCGACUGUCUUCUAUCGCGUUUUGCCCAGGUGGACACACUGGUGCUCAACGUCCCUCUGGCGAGCUUCGCCAGAGCUCUGAUUGAUGGUCUGGAAGAGACUAUGGCCGCCAACCACUUGGGCCACUUUCUCCUGGCCUGGAUGUGUGCCGCGGAGACAUCAUGGCAGCCUAUCCUGCCGAAGUGCAUUAGUGAGCCAUGCCUUCACAUCAUUCUGGACCAGGGCUAUGUCAGUACUAGGAAUGUGCUGGAGGGUGCUGUGAACAUUGCCAAGCGCGGUGUUCGUCGACUAACCAAGGACACCUGGGAAGAUCGCAGCCUGGUUGUGCGAGUGAGCAAUGCCACAUGCGAGACCAUUGUUUUGCGGGAGCCGAUCUGUGUUGCGGCCGGCCAGUGUGUCCUCUCAUUCCAGAAGCUCUUUCCCGGACAGACAGGAACUAUCCGGUUCUUUUCGUCAGGUGGGGAGUUCAUCGGCAAUGCCACGAGUGGAUGCCACCACGCAGGCGCUGUCGAACUGGCAAUCCACGAGCACAGGCUCUUCAUCGGAGAGUCCUGCCCUUUUGGUCAGAGCACCUUCCUCAAGAACCAUCGCUUCAUUGUCAGCUUUGAGCCACCCAGCAGGAGCCUGCACGACUUCUACGCUGAGAUGCCUGCGCAAUUCAUGGGCUGCCGUGGCACCCAGAAGACGGUGAUUCGAGAGGGCCUUUGCGCUCGCGUGCACGCACUCUCCACCGAGAGCCCAGCAGCUGCGGACAUAGUGAUCCUCCACGAAGACUAUCAUCAAGUCGAAUAUGAGCUUGAUUGCAUCCAACAGCUCCAGUUCGCGGAGUGGUGCGCGGGGCAUGCGCUAUUCCAGAAGUAUUUGGGAAGCGCGAUGUUCCUUGCCGAAACCCGCGCCGUGACACACGCUGUGAGGCAUAAGAAGAUCAGCCUGGCUGACAAAGCUUUUGCGCUGUCAACUCUCAUAGAGGCUUUCAUCAUCACGGGCCUGUGCCGAGUUUCUCCAGACCUGCUGGGUCAGAAUUUGGCCAGCUGGCAGCGAAUACGGGCAGCCGCCACUCAGGCUCCGCCUGAAGAACUGGAGAGCCAGAAGCUCCUGCAGGACUACAUUGAGGAAUCUCAGAUGCUCCUGCGGACAACGGCGGUGCAAUGCAUGAUACUGCUGGGCCCGGCAGUCCUGGACUGCAAGGCUGCCGGAAGCUGGCCCGAGGCAGGACAUGGACCUGACUUGGACAAAGAGCUCAGCGCCAGGGAAGCUACCUUCAAGUCAGUGAGGAGCAUCCGAGGACGUGCCUCGUUUGCAGAGCGUCUCCGCAACAACGACAAGACCGACACAGGCUCAGUGAGUUCGUGGAGCGUCGUGCCGCGGCGUGGCUGCUGCAGCGGCGCUAUGGCCACCGAGAGCUUGGAACGGGACAUGUUGCUGUCCUUGCUGCGCCAUUGCGUCCACGUGGGAGCGGAGAUCGUCAUCAAGCGAUCAAGGUUAAUGCACAUCCUAGUCGAGCAGCAGGGGGAGCCUGCCAAGCAGGCCAUCCACCGCUACUCCAGGGAACUGGGCCUGACCCAGCGGAGUGUACACGAGAGCAGCUCAGGAGAGGUCGCAGAGGUGAACAUGCACUUCUUCUGUCCUGAGAUUUUUCAAGUUCUAGGCGACGCCGUGAGCCCAGAGCGAGUGAUGGAAUCGUUGGGCCACGGCUCGGGAGAGUACAGGGUGAUGCCAACGAACUCCAAGUCCGGCGAACUCUUCCUUUUCUCGUCUGACCGGCAGUUCAUUAUCAAAACUCUUUCCGGCAAAGAGCUAAUGCUUCUGGCACGGAUGAUGCCUGCAUACUUCGACCACGUCCAGCACUGGCCACGAUCAUUCAUCGUGCGGUAUGCAGGAAUUUACCGUGUGAUGUUUGCAGAUCAGCCGAUUCACUUCAUCGUCAUGAAGUCUGUUUUCGAUCCAAGGCUACAGGUGCACUUGAAGUUCGACCUCAAGGGCUCUCUGCACAAGCGCAAGUCCAAGCCCGGAGAGUCUGUCGGCAAAGACCAGGAUUGGGUAGAAGACCAGCGCUGCCUUCACUUGCCGACGGCUGUGCGACGGCAGUUUGCAGCUCAAGUCGAGGUAGACCUGCAGCUAUUGGAAAGUUUUAAGAUGAUGGAUUACUCCAUUCUCCUCGGAACUCACUUCGCCGAGCGCGAUGUGCAGGAUUUUCCGCUUUCUCCGGGCUGGGGCGAUGGGUAUCUGGUGUCGGAGGACUGCGCCGAGGUGUACUUUGUUGGUAUCAUUGACUUCUCCAUCAAGUACAGCAUCAAGAAGCAGGCAGAGAACCUUCUCCGCGUUGCCCAAGGCACAGGCGAGAAGACUUCCUGUGUGUCUGCUGACACUUACGCCGAGCGACAGCUCAUGUUCCUCUACGAGAAGGUUGUCCAGACGAUGCCGGGUGCCGGUGACAUUGGCACGGAAGGACGUCUUCGCAUUCAGGUCCUCAGAGCAGAGAACCUGAUAGCUGCGGAUUGGAACGGGAAAUCGGAUCCUUACGUCACCGUGAAGUUGGGGCUUUGCGUCAAGCGCACGGCAACGAUUCCGACGACACGAAAUCCCGUCUGGAACUGCUUGUUGUAUCUGCCUGUGCAUGAGGCACAUCACAGCCAGGAAGUCCAAGUCACGGUUUGGGAUGAGGAUCACCUCAAAACCCUACGUGGCAACGACGACUUUCUAGGGCGGCUCUCUGUUCCAAUGACGUGGAUCAUGCAGGGACCCGUCGAUCUGGCGGAUGCCGAUUUGUGUGAUACAGUGCAUGGCAAGAUAUCGAUCCGCUUUAUCUACGAGUCGGCCGAGGAUCUGCUGGACGACGCUUCGUCAACAACAGCGAGCGUCUCCCGGACAGAGCAGGAGCUUAGCCAGAAACAGGUUGCGUGCUUUGUCUGUGGCAGCUUGUACCGGUCCGCUGCGAUGGCGCUGAGCCGCAUCUGA